CCCUCUGAGUGGCGCCCUAGGCGACCGCCUAUACCGCCUCUAGGAAAAACCGCCCCUGAUCACAGCAGAUUUCUCACUGUUAUUCACCGUUAUCUCACUGCAGUAUGAAGGACAGGACACACUCAGUGCUUGCAUGGAUGUCCAAAUUAACCUCUCUUAAUGAUGUUGUUGCCGUUUCGAGACUUCUGCUAAGAAAAAAUAAUUCUUCGCACAAAUAGAACUUUAAAGUUUCAGGUGUUGAUUAGCAAUGCAUUUCCAAUGGUUAAGUGAACGGACUACUAAUACUAAUGAUACGAAAGAUGUGAAUUAUGGCAACGGUCAUUACACGACAGGUAUGAGAUGUUGUCUAUUCGUAAAGCAUCACCACUACUUCCUUUGCGGACAAUGCCUCCUCCGUCAACUAGAUGGCAGUGACGCCUUACAAACAACAUCUCAGCAACCUGAUCGCCACCACAGAGAAAAGACCACAACAGAUAUGGGCUAACUUUAGCCUUUUGGAAUAAUCGUAAUCUUGAUCAAUUAAGCACCCUUGUCAACAACGGAGCACGCGCUCUAUUAAAUUAAAUCAAUAGAAUAAUGUGGUGUAAUGGUAAAUUGACAUGUCCGAUGUUCCGGUUGCAUAAUAGCCUACGAUGUAAACUCCAGCAACGCAGAGCAACGCCUGUCGGUGUCAGCAGCCAACAUCCAGGUGAAUUGUGACAUUAAAUUGCCCGAUGGAGGAAUAUCGUUGGACUGGUGCUCAAGAGCAGAUUUGCAAGGAUAACGAAAAACAAUCCAGCAGCUACGGGCCCGCUAUUAUAGCUUGUGACGCUUCGUACAAUGACAAGCUGGAAGAUGACGAACUUGCGCGAAAAAAGAAAGAGUUGCAGUUUAUCGAGGAAAAGAUAGCUCGCAAGAGGGCUGCAAUUGCUUUGAAGAAUGAAUGGCAACGAACGUCUAUGUACAGCGAAAAUGAUGUAGACAAACAAUCGAACAAUGACAUUGAGGUAAAAGAAAAGCACGAAACAUCCUCAGGCAAUAAUUUUCCACAGCGGCAACCCCAUCAGGAGGCUGUUCAUCUCUCAGCGAGACAAAUCAGUAUUCUCAAUGAGUUGACACCGCUGUUAGUGUCCUCCUUUGAACCCUCUAAUCCUGCCCCGCCUUCAUCUAUGAAAAGUUUUGUGGAGAGAAAUGCCAAAAUCUUCCAGAGAGAUUUCGAGCAAAAACAGAACCCUGAAUCAGACGCCAACACAACCCUCACCCAAGAACUGAGGGAGGCACUAAGACAUCACCACAACUCAGAGCUAGCGUCAUCUCUGGUUACCAAGCAGAGUGCAUCUGAACAGCCCGAUCUCUUCAACACACAGGGAACCCACGACAGUGGACCACCAUCGACAUCGAAUGGCUUUGAUCGUUUCCUCAGUGUUCUUAACCAAGGGGUAGAUGUAGGGAGGUGUUCAGAGUGGAGGGAGUGUGACCUACUCCUCUACACAAAAGUGGUUGGCAUCAUCCUGCCAGCUAUUAUCACCAUGAUCAUCAUUCUUGCUGUCCUGCUGUUACUUGGAUUUGUCUGCUUGAGCAAACAGAAUGCUGAAAUUACUGCAAAUACAAGGGACACAACUACUGACAUACAGAAUGACUCAGGUCUCAUGUACAGCACUGUCACAGCAAGGGCCACGACCUCUAACCCCGCACAGAGAGUGCCCACACCUGAUCAAAACAAUGUUCAAUAUGCCAGCGUUCAGAUCAAUCACUCCAAAACACAGGAAGUACCUCUAUACUCCACCGUCCAGAAUCCUCAAACCUCCACGCAGGACGACGAUGUUGCCUACGAGUCAGUCCAGUUUCUCAGAGGAAGAGCUGCCACCAGGGCUGAGAUUGACGUGAUCUACAAUGCAGUCAUCAAACCCUGA